UACGCAGCAGUGUGUGCGAAGGAGUAUUGUAAUGCCAGUUUGGAGUGUGCACUGUACGCUGGAACUAUCACUGGUAAAACUCCUUGCGAGUUCAGGUUAAAUAGGCACAAUAUUUAACUUUAUUUCCCAGCUGUUUUCUUUUUUUUAUAGAUUCUAAACUGGAUUAUUCACCCGUAGCCUAUCAAUGUCGUGAUUCAUGCACUUUGGAUGAAGCAGUUCAGAACGGACUUCGAACAUGAGUUGGUGUCUCCAAUAUACAGGCACACUGUAACAUCUCAAGUGGAUUGGAAUUUCAAUGCACGGGAGAGUAAUUUCCACCUGAAAUAGGGAUUUUUCGCAUUUUAUCGCGAGUGUUUUGGAGUCUGCUACUACACAUAUGGAGUAGGCUAUUUUGGAGAUACGCAAAAUGUUUUCUGUUAGAGCGUUAUUAUAGACGAUACAAUGACAUUGACUUAUCUAUAGACAACGGGUUCACCAUACAAAGAAGAGUAUAAGAAAACAGACGUGCCAGAGAUCUUUCCUGAAGCAAGGACAAAGGGGUCACAUUUACAGUAUCGGAUUGUUAAAUGUGCAUCAGCAACUGUAAAACGCACUCCAGCGCACGGGUUCGCGGGCGAAGACUCCACUUGUUAACCGACUCAACAUUAUGUUCUGACCAGUGACAUUUUGAAACUUGUUAUACCAAGGAGUUAAACGUACGCAUACCUUACAAAUCUAUUCGACACUGGAAGGUGAUGAGAUAAAGAAUCCAGAACAUUGUUUUACCUGCAAUAUACUCUUGUUCUGCUUGCAUAACCUGCACCGAACAGAGGAAACAGGAUUUCACGAUAUCUAUUCAGUGAUGGUUAUCAUUUGUCAUUUUAAACGUGAUUUUACGCAUGAUCUACAUGCGACACUAGCGAAUGGGAUCUAGAAUUGUACAUUUACACUGUAUCCAUUUUUGUUUUUUAUGAUUUCAUCGUGCCGUUGAUUCAUUUGCAUCACUGAAUAAGCGUGGAAAUGGCAGGCUCCUGUUCCAAUUGGAAGUACUACCUUUGGUUUUUGACAGUCUUGUGCAGGUCGCUGUUGCCGGUGGCCAAAACGUUGGAAUCGGUGGUUUGGAACUCACAAAACCCAAAAUUUCAGUAUGGGAAGGGCUUGGUGAUGUAUCCCGAGAUAGGAGACAAGCUGGACAUUAUCUGCCCAAAGGCAGACAUGGGGCGGCCGUAUGAGUUUUACAAACUAUACCUGGUGAAGAAGGAGCAGGCAGACCAAUGUAGCACAGUCAUGGACCCCAAUGUGUUGGUCAACUGCAACAAGCCUGAGAAGGACAUCAAAUUCACCAUCAAGUUUCAGGAGUUCAGUCCAAACUACAUGGGCCUGGAGUUCAAAAAGAACGUCAAUUACUUCAUCACAUCCACUUCCAAUGGGACCCUGGAGGGCCUGGAGAACAGGGAAGGAGGGGUCUGCAACACCCUCUCUAUGAAGAUCGUCAUGAAAGUGGGCCAGGACCCGAACACAGUUGUACCGGACCCAGUGAUAACAGAGAAGCCCAGCCAAGAGGAAAACGUUGUGAAGGAGACAACCACCAAACCAAAUAAGAAGGGGGGCAGUGGUGGGGCCAUGGAGCCGGGCAACAAAGACACCAUGAACCAGGACAACAAGUCAGACUCGUCCGACUCAGCAGAGGGUUUCUUUGCCUCCAAGCCAGCGCUGUUUGCAGUCAUCGGGGCGGGAUGCGUCAUCUUCCUCCUGAUCAUCAUCAUCCUCAUCGUCCUGCUGAUCAAGCUGAAGAAGAGGAACCGUAAGCACACCCAGCAGCGGACCACCGCUCUGUCACUCAGCACGCUGGCCAGCCCCAAGUGCUCUGGGAACGCCGGCUCCGAACCCAGUGACAUCAUCAUCCCGCUACGGACUACAGAAAACAACUACUGCCCCCAUUACGAGAAGGUGAGCGGGGAAUAUGGCCAUCCGGUUUAUAUAGUCCAAGAGAUGCCAGCGCAAAGCCCAGCCAACAUCUACUACAAGGUCUGAGGCAACGACUAUGUCUAGGAUGCUUGCUGUAGGGGAGAAUUCUGGCCUACCUUUUACUACCUUGUCCGUCUGAUGUUGAAAGACACUUUUGAUGUUCAAAAUAGUGACACAAGAACAGAAAUGAAAGAAGGUUGUCCUGGAUACAGUAGUUGAAACAUGAAACAUGUUUCCGGAUAGGCCAAAGGCAGGUUUUUGGAGAGAUUGUGUCGUCUUCUCUUCCUGCUUCAAGCUAGAAAUUUUAAUUCACCCAAGUUUUGCUAUACUGUGUGUCUGAGAAGACUGUAAGACGGUAAAGCCUAUGGCGUAGAGAAGCCUUCACUCUGACAAUGGAGACGAGUUGCAAACAGGGUAUACUACACAAACAAAGGACCCUGCAAUAGGGCUGUCACUCAUGGGCUCCAUUCCUGUAAUGAAGCCUCCAUUGUUUGCUCAGAGACAGAAAAAGGCACAGUGUGAUGACAGCAAAAUACACUUCCCUUUCACAACAAAUGUGUUUUACCUGCGCUAUUGUUUUUUAUCAGUCACCUACAGUAGCUUCCUUUUCACCAGUGUCUGCUCCUUCAACAUUGUGUUUCUUUUCUACUGAAUAUCUAGUUAAUACAUGCUAUAUUAUGGUAAAUAUUAAUAUUUCUACUGAAUAUCUAGUUAAAACAUACUAUAUUAUGGUAAAUAUUAAUAUUUUUCAUGUAUCCUUUACUGAUACUUUGUCACAUGUAGGAGGAUCUGUGUCAUUAAUGGCUAUUUUGAGGUUUUCCACUUUCUGUUUAUAAAAGAAACGAACACUUA